AUGGAAAAUAUUUUUGUAGAGAAAAGCAAUUUACCAGUGUCCGUGCUGCCAUUUUAUACACAUAAACUUGACAGACAGUUUGCCCCGCGGAACUUUCUGGAAAGCGGAACUUUCUGGAAAAACCCGAUAGAUUUUUCUAGCAACCGCGCAAAACAUGCUAGAAGAGACCAGAAGCAAAUGGCGAUUAGGCAAGUUGAUGAGGAUGAAUAA